AUGGCGGAGGAGAAAUUCCAGCGCUGCAUGGAGUUGGUCAGAAGAGACGGUCAGCUCCAACAAGAAAUACAGGCGCACAAGCAAGAGAUUGGUCAGCAUCAGAUGCAGCUUGUGCAGUGUGAGAAAGAGCAAGCCGAUGUCACGGCUGAGCUUCAGGCUAUGGCAAAGGUAUAAGCGUCUGCGCUUGAUAUGGUCUAAUUAUACUGACUGACAACCGAAAGAAUGACGCCUCCCGUACUUCACCAGCCUUGCUGCCCAUUCCAACAACACAUUAUGACCUGACAGUCGACGAUGCUCCCAUCGCAUUGAAAGAGCAGGCACCUACCAUCCUUCCGAGCGCCAAUGGCUUGCCGCCGCCACUGCGGAGCUCUUCACCCUCUUCAGCUGCUCUUCCUCGGCAAAACAGUCCAGGAUUUGAUCGAAAGCCAGCACCUGCUCUGGUCCCGUACACUGGCCCACCGUUGGCCUUCAUUAAGCGUAACGACAGCUUCGAGUCCCGGUUCCAAGAGCAUCUCUGCUGGGAGUACCAAUGUAUUGCCAUGCUCGAAGGCAAGUGGAAUUUAUUCUGGUGCCCCGUUUGCGGUGCAAACUCCGGGACAGAUGGAGGUUUCUUCAUGGGUAUUGUCGGCAUCAAAAGCCACAUAAAAAAGUCUCACCAGGCUUUCUGUGAGCGACUUAACUCGAAACUAGGCAAUACAGAAAUCAGAGAGCUGGGUGGGUGCCGUGUAUUAUCCAAGGACGAGAUACUGAAGCUUUGCACCCGUCAGCUCACAAUCGCCGAAGUGUACGAGCCAGGCAAAGAAAGGAUGUACCGGACAGGCAUGAAGCGAGCCCAUGCUCCCUCACUCAUCAUCGACAAUCAGCCGAGCGAGGGAGAGCUUGGAGCCGCCAUACGUGCCGCAGAGCUGAGCACCUCGACUUCCAGAUCGACAGGGCACGGUGCAUCCGGAUCCUCGUUGCCCGACGCAAGCUCAAUCGGCCGUAAGCGUUCGAUUGAGGACUCGGAGCUCACGGAGGACGACGAGGAGCAGUCACCGAAGUUGCUUCGCACGAGCUCCUAA